AUGGCCGACAUAGAAAGGACCAUUGAAACUCUCCAAGAGACUGAUUCUGCAGCAGACACCCACAAUUUCAUUGAAACUCAGCUUGAUUCAGUUCUGGACUAUUUAUUCCUGGAAUCAUAUACAGAAAGCCAGAAAACGUGCAAGCUCGGAGUACUUGAUUUUAUCAAGACAGCACUCUUUCAGAAGCAUGUUAUACCAAGGCUUUGUACAGAAAAAUACAUAUUUGGCCUACGAAAUAUCAGAAAAAACGGGUAUGCCAAAAAGGUAUCAGAUGGCAUAAUGUCUCUGUGCUAUGAGAUAUAUUCAGAUGGUAUAAAGACUCUUCUGGAAAAUAAGCCAGAGAGGCUUCUUAGUGUUAUUUACAGGCACUCCACUCUGUGUUACUUUGAGGAGCUUUUAAAAAGUUCUGACUGCAAUGGAAUUGUAGAGCUGUUCCCGUGCUUUUUCUCCUUAAGCGAGCAAAACUUUGUUACUUGGAUAAAGUUCCUGGCAAACCAAAACAGUGUCUGCAUGAUAUUCAGGUUUUUUGUGCGGCUUAAAAGAGGUCAAAAGGAUCUUCAGAAUCUUUCUAAGUUUCUUUAUCUGUUUGUUUCGUUUACUGGAAAUGUGUUUAGGGACUCAGUGUAUAUGAAAGACACGGGGAAGCACUAUGCCCAUUUUUAUAAUGAAAUAGAAAAAAGAGUCGAUGUUUUACUCGAUACAAUAUUUGUGGAAAAUGAUGCAGUAAAUAGGCUAUCCUGCUUAGAAGUCGUUCGGGAGAUGAUUCAAGUUAUUGAGUACAUGCCAGAGGACUCAAAUGUUCUUCCGUCAUUAUAUAAUUAUUUAAAGGGAUCAGAGGUAUUGCAGUAUUUAUCAGAUGGAAAUCACAGCGCACCUGCGUGUGUUAAGGUUAUAUAUCUUAUAAACACCGUUAUGCGGACCAUUCGCUUUAAGUCAUCACAUACGUUAAAAUUUAUGCAAGAGACAAAUAUUUUAUCACACAUUGGAAUGUACUUAUAUGGAACUGCCACACAUACAAUAACAAACGAGAUAUGCCUACUUUUAAAUGAAAUGAUAUAUGUUGGUAAGGUAUUUUACAUUAAUCCAAUUGCGGAAUUCUGCCAGGCUAUUCGCACAACAUCUUUUAAUCAGGUUAUACAGAUAUAUUCAUCCUCACAAAAGAAGCAUACACCGCAUGCGUCUAUAACAGACUGUAUUACACCUGUUAUAUAUAUUCUAUACAAGCUGUAUUAUAUGUGCCUGCAUGAGUCAACCAGCAGAAGUAAAGAAUUAAAGACCUACUCCAGAAGGUUUGUAGUAGUUGAUGAAACAACAGAGCAGUAUAAGAUUUUACAAGAAUUAGAAUUUCUGCAGGAUGAGCAGGCCUACUGGUACAUAACCACACGAGUUCUUGAGCACAGUAAGCGUCUGUCUUUAGAGUAUUGCCGGGCACUCCCCGAAAAAUUGCCAAAUUCAGAGCAACUUGCCAGAUACUUCUGUGAAUAUACUGCAUCUGUGCUUCCUGCUUAUCCAACAUGGCUUUUUCGAUAGCAAUAAAGAUAGUAAAAAUCUGCUGAUUUUUCUAGAUAGUAGUGCCGUAUUAAACUACUGUUUCUGUGCUGGUGCUUUAUACUGUAUACAUAUUUACGAAUUCACUCCACUAAUUAAAUAUUUACCCGAAUAUAUUAAAUCCCCAUAUACCAAUAGUCUGAAAUAUUCCG